UAAGAAUGAAGAAAUGGAAAGGAUAAUUAAAGAGAUAAAGAGAUUGUGGAUAUAGUAAGAGAUAAGGAAUUUAGAGAGGGAAGAAGACUCAACUUUUUGGUAUCUGAUCUGGCCCAUAUGGCUGACGAGGCCCUCGACAUCUACGAAGAGCGCCAAUCUAGUGAGAUGCGGUCCAUCCUAAGUUGGAUUGGAGAGAUCAAAAUGCGGAUAGUUAAACUGGAAGUUGAUGGGCCGGAGACACAGCCCAACUCAUAAAAUGUUGAUCAAGAUCAUGUUGUGGUCGGCUUGGAUAAAGACAUAGAAAUGGUGAUCCGCACGAUGAUUUUUUAUUCGGACGAACAACCUUCAGUGGUUGUUAUCAAAGGCAUGUUUGGUAUUGGAAAGACGACUCUGGCUAGAGAGAUAUACAACCACCCAAACGUCGUUAAGCGAUUCGAGUAUCGUGCUUGGGUGUGUGUUUCUAAUGUCUUAACAAUGAAAGAGAUAGUUAUCAAACUAUUGGAUCGACUAUCAUCAGUUAAUGGUAAGAGUAUGCAAUCAUCUUCAUAUUUUGAGAGAGUGAACAACCAACUCCUCCAAGGUUUCCUUGGCGAUCAUCUGGAAGAACUGCGCUAUUUCAUAGUUCUUGACGACCUGCCCAAACACAUUCAGUUGAGAUCUUUCUUGUUAGCACUUAAAGCACAAGGUUAUGGCAAGAGUAAAUUGGUGGUCACAAGUCACAUGACGCAUAAGGAUUUAAAGACAAAUUCCCAUGAUGUUCAUAAGAUGGAACCGUGGGAUCCUAUUAUGAGUUAGCAAUCGUUUUAUACAACAAUAAACAGUGGGAAUAAAUUGAGGAGUGAGCAGAAAUUCCCAAAGGAGUUGGAGUAUCAAGUAAAACUAAUGUUGAGAAAAUAUGGUGGUCUGCCAUUAGCUAUUAAAGAGGUGGCAAAUCAGCUAGCUCAAAGGAAAGCCUCUACUGGAAGUGAAUGGGAACAACUUCUUGAGUCUAUUGAUUUUGGUUCAACAUUGGAGUUAUUGGAACCGUUUUAUCAAAAAUUGGACCCCAAAUUGCUGCCAUAUUUCAUGUAUAUGGCCUUGUAUAAGGAAAAUUUAACUUGAGAGCA